AGGCCGGCGCUCAACAUGCACCUGGUCAAGAGCCACCGCCUCCAGAAUGGCACAGUAAAUCCAACAAUAAGAAAAGAUUUGAAAACCACACCAAAAUUCUACUGUUGUCCAAUUGAAGGAUGUCCUAGAGGUUCUGACAGACCAUUUUCUCAGUUUUCUCUUGUCAAACAGCACUUUAUGAAAAUGCAUGCCGAGAAGAAGCAUAAAUGCAGCAAGUGCAGCAAUUCCUAUGGUACUGAGUGGGACUUGAAAAUGCACGCGGAGGACUGUGGCAAGACCUUCCAGUGCACAUGCGGCUGUCCCUAUGCCAGCAGAACGGCAUUACAGUCUCACAUCUACCGAACUGGUCACGAGAUCCCUGCAGAACACAGGGAUCCACGUAGUAAAAAAAGGAAAAUGGAAAACUACCUACAAAACCAGAAGUUAUCUAAUAAGACCAUUGAACCAUUGAGCACCCAACCUACCCCUCAACCAGAUGCUCAAGAACUAGAAACUUCAGAAAUAAAAUUAGUAACCUCUUUUGAAGAUUCUUGCAGCUCUAAUGCCAGAAAGCAGAGUGUCGCAACACCCCCGAGAUGUCCUCAGAAGUUGCUUCUACCAAAGCCCAAAGUGGCUCUGGUUAAGCUUCCAGUCAUGCAGUUCUCUCCUGUGCCUGUCUUCAUGCCUACCGCCUACUCUUCGGCCCAGCCUGUGGUGUUAGGUGUGGAUCAGGGCUCCACCACAGGUGCUGUGCACUUGGUGCCCUUGUCAGUAGGAAACCUGAUCCUCGGCCUAGAGUCAGAGGCUUGCUCUCUUAAGGAGAGCCUACCUCUUUCAAAAAUUUUAAAUCCUGUUGUUGAGCCAGUUAGUACCGGUGUUCAAGUGAACUUGGGUAAAAAUCUGUCUAAUCCUUUUCAAGAACUGGGGAACACAUAUCAGAAGAACAGCAUUUCUUCAAUCAAUGUACAGAUGGAUCUGUCCUAUGCCUCACAAAACUUCCUACCUUCUGCACAGUGGAUUGGCCCUGACUCUGCUGUGUCAUCUUGUUCUCAGACUGAUCUGUCAUUUGAUUCUCAAGUGUCCCUUCCCAUUAGUGUUCAAACCCAAACACUUCUGCCCAGCUCAAAGAUAACUUCAUCUAUAGCUGCUCAGACUGAUGUGUUCAUGGACACUUGCUAUCAACCAGGCUGGAUUUCCAGAGAAACCCAAACCAGUGAAAUGCAAAGUGCCCCAGAUGGCCAAGUACAGAUGGACCAAGCUGGAAUGUGUGAAGACAUUUUUGAGAGUGUCCAUUCAUCCUACAGUGCUCCUGCAGACAAUAUUAUAAGCAGCAGCUUAAUAGCAGAUACAGUAACUCAUGGUUUGUUACCUCAGAAUGACCCUAAGACUUUAAAUCAAGAUAUUGAGAAAUCUGUGCCCAUUUUGAGCUUCAGUGCACAGAAUAGUAUGCUUCCUUCACAGAACAUGACAGAUAAUCAGACCCAAACCAUAGACUUACUAAGUGAUUUAGAAAACAUCUUGUCAAGUAAUCUUCCAGAUCAGACAUUGGAUAACCAUAGUCUUUUGUCUGACACAAACCCCGGGCCUGACACCCAGCUGCCAUCUGACUCAACCCAGAAUCCUGGAAUAGAUUUUGAUAUUGAAGAGUUCUUCUCAGCUUCAAAUAUCCAGACUCAAACUGAAGAGAGUGAACUUAGCACCAUGAACGCUGAGCCAGUCUUGGAAUCACUGGACAUAGAGACCCAAACUGACUUCUUACUUGCAGACACAUCUGUCCAGCCCUAUGGGUACAGGAGAAGUUCUCACUUCCUAGGCCUUGAGAUGAUUGACACGCAAACGCAGACAGACUUAAACUUCUUUUUAGACAGUAGCCCUCAUCUGCCCCUCAGCAGCAUCCUGAAACACUCCAGCUUUUCCAUGAGCACUGAUUCAUCAGACACAGAGACCCAAACUGAAGGAAUCUCCGCUGCUAAAAACCUAUCUCCUCUGGAAAGCAAAGUUCAGUUGAACAGCACAGAAACACAGACCAUGAGUUCAGGUUUUGAAACCCUGGGGAGCUUGUUCUUCACCAGCAAUGAAACUCAGACAGCAAUGGAUGACUUUCUUCUAGCCGAUUUGGCCUGGAACACAAUGGAAUCUCAGUUCAGCUCUGUAGAAACUCAGACGUGUGACGAGCUGCACGCAGUCUCCAACUUCUAA